AUGCGUAAACCCGAAAAUGAAGAACAAGAGAGAACUAAAGCUGCAGCUAGAAAUGGGGACGAAGGAAGCUCUCAGGCUGGUUCUGGUCCUGGUUCUGCUCCUGCUCCUGGUGCUGGUGCAAGUAUUGCAGGAAUUCAGCUCAGCCGAUUAACGAGAAACAACGCAGGGGAGACACAAAAUGAGAUAACACCUGAACAUAACAAUUGA